AUGCCUAGAUCUCGUCUUAAGAAAGGAUGUCCCUGUGUGGACAGUGGGUUCGCAGCUGCGAACAAAACCUUGACAAAUCAGGAUAUCACCUUUGGGAUGGUAUCAGCUUCUGGAGACUAUACACCUUUAGUGUCCUUCAAUUCGCUCCCGCCUGGAAAGACCGUCAAAGUGAUGGAGCCAGUAAUGGUGAAGGUAUAUAUUGGUGCUGGACUGCAAAGUGGCACCGUGGAUUAUUGGAUUUCAUCUUCCACCGCGAUUUGGGAAGCAUCCCUCGACACACUUGCUGACGAGGUGACACUCGAUUAUUCUGCGGACGAGAAGAGUGCACCCAUUUUACGACGGAGGGAAACCAGACUCACGACGGCGUCCCUCUCGGUGCCGUCGGUGCCCGCUAUAACUGAGAGUAUUGCUAUCUCGCCUGUCUCCAAGCUGGAGGCAAUAUGA